AAGACGCCGUCCGGGGUCCCCUGGCCCCUUCCUACCCACCCCUCCAUCUGCUUUUUUCUUCCCUACUCUGGCAGGAUGAGGCGUGCAGGCCUGGGUGAAGGAGAACCUCCUGGCAACUAUGGGAACUAUGGCUAUGCUAACAGUGGUUAUAGUGUCUGUGAAGAGGAAAAUGAGAGACUCACUGAAAGUCUCAGAAGCAAAGUAACUGCUAUAAAAUCUCUUUCCAUUGAAACAGGCCAUGAGGUUAAACAUCAAAAUAAAUUAUUAGCUGAAAUGGAUUCACAGUUUGAUUCUACAACUGGAUUUCUAGGUAAAACUAUGGGAAAACUGAAGAUUUUAUCUAGAGGGAGCCAAACAAAGCUGCUCUGCUAG